AAAAGAAAAAGAAAAAGAAAACAUGGCUGAGGUUGCAGGCAUAAUUCUCCCUCCCUUCCUCCAACUGUUUUUUGACAGAAUGGCGUCUCAGGAGUUCGUUGACUUCUUUCGGCGACGAAAACUCAAUGAUGGACUCUUAAUGAGGUUGAAGAUGACAUUGCUGUCCGUGAAUGAAGUGCUUGAAGAUGCGGAGGACAAACAAUUUACAAAGCCUGAUGUGAAAGAGUGGCUUGAUGAGCUGAAAGAUGCUCUCUAUGAUGCAGAGGACAUCUUGGAUGAGAUUCCUACCAAAGACUUGCGACAGAAGUUGGAUGCUGAAUUUGGAACCAUUGCAAGUAAGGUACGUAUAGCUAGCCCCAUCUCUGCUUCUCGUUUUGUCAAGAAGGUAGAAAGAAAGAUAGAAGAGCUGCUUAAAAGACUAAAAUUUCUGGUAGAACAAAAGGAGAAUAUAGGUCUAAGACAAGUAGGGAAUCCAUCAGAAAGACUGCCCACGACUUCUUUCAUUGAAGAAUCUAGUAUUUGUGGAAGGGAUUAUGAUAAGGAGGAGAUAAUUAACUUGUUGCUCUUAGAUGAUACGAGUGGCAGUGAGAAAGGUGUGAUUGCCAUAGUUGGCAUGGGGGGAAUUGGCAAGACCACCCUUGCUCAGCUUGUAUACAAUGACAAUAGGGUGAAGGGGCAUUUUGACCACGAAGUAUGGGUUUGUAUUUCAGAUCCAUUUGAUGUGUUCAUUGUAAUGAAAACAAUUCUUGAGGAAGUAGGUUCAUAUGAUAAUGCCGAUAGUAGAAAUCUAAAUCAGCUUCAAACUCAACUCAAGGAGACGUUGACAGGAAAGAAAUUCCUACUUGUUUUAGAUGAUGUUUGGGAGAAGAGUUAUUUCAAAUGGGAGGUUUUAAGUAAUGCUUUUAAAUAUGGGGCACAAGGAAGUAAGGUCAUCGUAACAACACGAGAUCAGGAGGUUGCAUCAGUCAUGUUUGCGAGUGUACAUCGUAUAAUGGAGUUACCCGAAGAAGAUUCUUUGUUGCUAUUUGCAAAACAUGCAUUCCAUGAUGGUAACUUUGAUGCACAUCCAGAACUAGAAGCAAUAGGAAGACAAAUUGUAGAAAAGUGCAAAGGCCUACCUUUAGCAAUCAAGGCGAUUGGGGCUCUCUUACGGUCUAAAAUAAAUGUUGAUGGAUGGGAUAAGGUAUUGAGAAGUGAAUUAUGGGAUUUGCCAAUUGAAGAGACAGGCAUCCUUCCUGCUCUAGGAUUAAGUUAUAAAUAUCUUUCGUCAAAUCUAAAGCGAUGCUUUGCAUACUGCUCCAUAUUGCCAAAAGAUUAUGCUUUCAAAAAAGAUAAAUUAGUCUUACUAUGGAUGGCGGAAGGUUUUUUGCCGCAACCCAAAAACAAAACAAUGGAAGAAGUUGGCGAUGAUUACUUCCUUGCUCUUGUAUCUAGAUCAUUAUUCCAACAAUCCAAUCACGAUGAAUAUAUAAUGCAUGAUCUUGUCCGCGAUUUGGCAAAAUUUAUAUCAAAGCAAUUUGCUUUAAGUGUUGAAGAUGGCUCCUCUCAUGAAAUUGGAAGCAAGACUCGUCAUUUCUCGUAUUCUUGCGAACAUACUCAUAUUAAGAAGUUUGAGGCCCUUCGUAGGGCUAAGAGGUUACGCACUAUCGUAGAAUUACAUUUCUUUGGGGAUGAUCUGUCGCACAUGUUUGGAACCCAAUUUUUAUCUCCGAUGAUAAGAUGCCUACGAUUACGGGUGCUGAUUCUAUCUCAUUAUACGGACAUAACUGAGUUGCCAGAUUCAAUAGGAAAACUUAUAUAUCUACGUUAUUUGGACCUUUCUUUCACUGCAAUUAAAAAAUUGCCUCAUUUCAUAUGUAAGUUAUAUGCAUAA